AUGCCUGUUGUCCAUAGAGCAACUUUACUGCGAAGCGCCCUUUUGGCGGGAGCCUUUGUGAGUCACGCCGGGCGGCCCGUGCCGGCCUUGCCCGGGGUUUGGGUCUUAAUUUAAAAAAAAAGCCUGCGCGGGCUUGGGCCAGGCCGGGCUUUGAAAAAAAUCUUUUGUUUCAUUAAAAAAAAACUUCACCGAAAAAUUAUUUUUACAUGUUGAAUCAUAGACUAUGAUUCAUAGGUUCUAAUAACUCAAUGAUGAAAAAUAAGCAAAAACCCCACUUUUCUCGUUAAAAAAGCAAAAAAUUCAACAUGAAGAAACUUUUAGCUUUUUGGGCCGGGCUGGCCAUUUUUGCUCGAGGCCAUACUAAGGCCAGGCCGGGCCGAGCUUGGGAAAUGCCCGGGGGCCGGUAGGGUGACGGGCCGGCCCUCGCACAAGCCUGGCGCUAGCUCAAACUUUUUUUUCUCCAAUUUUGAAUAAUUUUUUCUUCGAAAAUAGGAACUUAUGUUCAUUUUCAAAUAUACCGUUUGACAGUCAAUUAAAGGCAUAUGACAUAUUAUUGGAUACCGACGCUCCACUUUGAGUCAUAUGCUUGGGGAUCAAAUAAAAUUAAUUCUCCGGCUUGUGAUUUAGGACAAAGGUUGAAAACGAAACUAAAAAGAAAAGGAAGUCACUGUAUAGUGGCUUGAAAUUCAAAAAAUCUGUGAAAAAGGAAGGGCAGAAAACGGAGCGACGAGUGUGCCAGGAUCCGACUGGACCGUCUGGCGGCAGAAGAAGGCGUAA